GUCAUUGGCGGAGGAGUAGGGGGGGAGAGGGCUAUAAAAGAGUGAGGGACUUUGGAGGUAAAGCAGAAGAAACAUUAGUGGUUUCCAAAUCUUUGUGAUAUCAAGAACUGCUCUGCACUUCCUCCACCACUCUCAUCUGCCUCUCUCUCUCUCUUACACACACACACUCACACACCUCUCUCGGUGAGCCUCCUGCUCCUGUGACUGUAGCCCCGGUCUGUCACCUGCUCUCCUGUCACAGCAUGCAGCUGUUGGUGGUGUUAGCAGCUCUCAUGGGGGUUCUGUGCAGCGUGAGGGCAGCAGCCGUGCUUCCUGUGGACGACAGGAGUCCCAUCCAUGUGAACAGGGUAUGAAUAGUGAUUUGAUUCUGUUUUAUAUCUACAAGUGGGAGAGAUUUGUCCCUGUUUAACUGCUAUUUGGUUGAAAUUAUUUUUGGUAAAAAAAGAAAAAAGUUAGAAAUUGUGAAUUUUUAAAUGACUUAUUUAAGAUUCUUUUGUAAUAAAGUAAAAUAAAUUGUGGAAUUGCAUUUGAAAAGACUUAAACUAAAAAUGUCUUCUUCUUACUAUGUUUUACUGUCUUUAAUAGGUCAAAUGAAAGAUUCUUGAGGUUAAGCUCCUCAUUCAUUUGUUAAAUUAUCAUUUACUACAACGUACUGCUAGAAUGAUUUAAGACAAAAUAACUAAACCUGCUAUUCCAGAAUUUUUUUUUUUGUAGAUUGUUCAAUUUAUCUUGUUUCAGACUUUAUAUUACUCUUUUUUUCAGUGAAAGGGGUAAAAUAUAACACCUCUUGGUGUUUGAGCUACCACUCAGAUGUUGUUUUUUUACAUUUUCAUCAUCAGUUUCUAAUCUUCUUUUGUCAUUUUCUGAUUUUCCCUCAGGAGCUGAGCAAAGAGCGCAAAGAACUGAUUCUGAAGCUGGUGUCGGGCUUGCUGGACGGAGCCCUUGACACCAACAUGCUGCCGGGAGAGAUGGCCCCUGUGGACCUGGAAGAGCCGCUGGAGUCUCGUCUGGAGGAGAGAGCCGUCUACAACAGGCUAUCACUGCCUCAGCGUGACCGCAAAGCCCCCUGUAAAAACUUCUUCUGGAAAACUUUCACCUCCUGCUAACAGAGCCAAAAUGAAAAAAAGAAUAAAAAACCAAACACCUGGAUUCUGUCGGCCAACUGUACUCCUCACCUCCUGGCUCCUCAUGAACUAUAGUAAACCUCAGCUGUAUAUACCUCAUCUGCACCUGUCACACUCAGCAUCCAUGGACUUCACUGAGACAGUGUGGCUGUUUAGAUAGUCAUGAUUUAUGUACCAAUUUACCCAUACAAUGUAUGUAUUUAUGUAUGUUUCUUUCAGGGUUAACAAUAAAGCAUGGACACAAUGUUUGACAGGGUAAUCACAGUUCAUCUGUUCUGGAAAUCUUUCACAAAAAGACACGAUUCUAUGAAAAAUUCACGACUGCAUUUUCAUGAUGGAUUACAACACUUUCACACCAAAAUAGUAUUUUAGUUUUGCCGACUGAAAUAUGUUUCUAGAACAGGUUGCAGUUGUAAAUUGGUGUAAAUUAGAGAUACAGACACAUUUUACCAUCAUUAAAAGCCAACCAAAUGGCAUUUUUAUUUGUUUAUUCAUUUUUUUUCCUUUUACUGCUGCUCUUUAAACGUAACAGCACAAUUUUCACAGCGUAAACACUUCGGUUCUCUUCCUACUCUACAGCCAAAUGAAUUAUUCAAUAAGAAAUCUUAAAAAAUCUUUGUGAAAUAAACAAUCCUAAAUAAAGAAGCAAACUUUACAACGGCACCAGAAUUGCAAUCUGGAUUAAACGUUAGUUACUUAUUUAUGAGUGAUGGAAUACAGUUAAAAAUUGAUGUAGGCAAUUAAUUCAUGUUAAAAAAACUUCACAAAAAUAGACAUAUAUGUUUUUAAUCACAAUUUGGUGGCAAAAUUUGCGCAAGAAAGUCUUUUGCAAAAGUUUAAUUUGAUGUCCUUAUUAAUUCCUCGUCACAAGCUGAGGCAGAUGCCGUGGCCGAUGUUGCAGUUGCCCACUCGCUGUUAGACAUGUCAGGUCUAUUGGAAGCUCAAUAAAUCACAAGCAGUCACCCCUCCUCCCU